AGGACCGGCGGUCGUACGUGUUCGACCGGCGCAGCCUCCGACGAGCGCGAGCGCGAGCAGGAGAAGGAGGAGAAGCAGAAGGACCGGCGGUCGUACGAGCAGUCCGGCUCCUGCAAGCCGCCGACGGCGUGCCAGUACAGCGGAGGCAUGCCAGUCGGGGCGCAGGACGAGGACUCCUACCGGUGGAACGCCCCGGACAUCCUCUGCUACCGGUGCGACUCGUGCAGGGCCGGCGUGAUGGAGCAGGUGCGCCAAGACUGGCACAAGAUCUUUGUGCUCGACGUCGCCGUGCUCGCCGCUCUCGUCUGCAUCUGCUCAUGCGGGUGUUGUGCCUUCAGGAACGCUCGCCACUCCCGGUCCCAGUACCCAUACGGGGUAAACCAAACGUCCAAGAUAAACCCACGCUGGGACUACUGGUGGCGAUGAUGGGGUGGUAGAAGAGAACAGAUCUACUAGGCUAGUUGUAGCUUCUCAAUGCCUGUAUGAUAUUUUGAUCCAAUCUUCUGUGGUAAAAGAUAAAAUAACACUUGGGAUCUGUAUGUGUUAUUAGCCCCUGUGGUACUCUAUUUGUUUCCAGGUCUGCAGAGUUUAGUUUCUAUA